CAAAUGUCACUUUGCACGUCAAUUUAUAUUAGAAUUAUUAAAACAACUUUCAUGCAUUGUAUAAAAUGAUUAACAAUAUUUAUGUAUUUAUAAUUUUAGUUAUAAGUUUUAUUUAUUUUUGUCAUGGAGAAAGAACGCGAGAUAAAAUGUAUGUUCCUAUAACAGGAGCUAGCUGCAUUAGGCGUUUAAAUGCUACUCAUCAGACAGGUUGCACAUCUGCCCGUCAGGGAUCUGUAGGAGCUCUUCAUGCAAUACAUUCAGAGAGUGACUUUGAAUUUGUUUUAAAUUCGGGUACAUCUCCACCUUAUGCAGUUUUAAUGCCACCAAUUUUUUUUAAUGAUCAUAAUAUGAUGCAAUUAAAAGAAAGCGCACGUGUUACUGCAGUCAUAGUAACAAACAACACUGAAUCAUUAAAUGCAUUUAGUACUGAAUCAAAAUGCCCUAAUCAAUUCAUUGGAAAACAUGAUGAAUAUUGUGAUGCAAGUGAUCCCCUUAAAAGCUGGAAUCAAUAUGGAAGUAAUCUUAUGCAUCAAGACUUUCCAUUUCCUAUACUUUUUAUUAGUGACGAAGAGCAAAUUAACUUGUUAUAUAAAUGUUUUGAAAAAUUCAAUAAUUUUGAUAUUGAAAAACAAUUUCAAAGAAGUUUAUGUAGUGUAGAAUUGUCUUCAUUCAUGGCAGCUGCUGCCAAUUCGAAAGUUUGUCAUAGACGUUCUGAAUUAUCUAAGAAUUUAAGUCCUGUCAAAUUCUGUGAUCCAUUAGGAGAUAAAAAUAUAUUUGCAACAUUAUUUCCUAGACCUUAUGUUAAUUCAUCUGACAAUAAUAUUGAUGAUUCAUUAAAUGCAUCGAACAACACAGUUUUUGAAUAUAAGACAGAAUUGAAUGGAAUGAAACAUUACACAGAUGAUAAUUCAGUUGUAGAUAAGUUUACAGAGAAGAAGAUUCAAAAAUCAUUGACAAAAACAGAAGAAAGAGAAAAAUUAAUUUUGCUUAUGGCUAGAAUUGACACUACUUCCAUGUUUGAUGGUAUCGCUCCGGGAGCAAUGGAUUCGUUGUUGUCAUUUGUUACACUUUUAAGUACUGCAAACAUGCUCAAUUAUUUACUUGUUAGAAAUAAUAUAAAGAAGUCAUAUGAUAAAAACAUAUUUUAUUUAUUGUUAAAUGGUGAGUCAUAUGACUACAUUGGUUCGCAAAGGUUACUUUAUGAUAUUGAAAAAGGAUCAUUCCCACCGAAACAAGAUAAUAUAGUGUUUGAGGAUUUUGACAUGAUAAUAGAAAUCGGCUCAUUAGGUGGGAAACCUAAUUACCUUUCUUCCCAUUAUGCACAAAAUAAUCCAAAGAUUGACAAUUUUCUGCAAAAUAUGAAAACUUAUUCUGAAAAAAAUAAGUUUGGUAUAACAUUUCAUUCAUCCCAACGACUUCCUCCAAGUUCCAUUAGAACAUUCUAUUCAAAUGAUAAUAUUAAAGCACCUGCAAUGGUGCUUACAGAUUUUGAUGAUAAAUUUGUAAAUCCUUACUAUCAUUCUGUAUAUGACAGUGCUUCAAAUAUUAAAUAUCAAUACAUAAAUGCAUCUGAGGCUGCAGAUGAUCUUAGCAAACUCAUGAAUUUAAGUAAUUUUGGUGAUUUCAACCCAGACUCUGUUCAGAUUCUGGUAAGAAAUAUAUCAACCACUUUAGGAAUGGCUCUUUAUCAAGAAAUUACCAAUAUGUCAUUAACUGGUGAACUUGGAACAAAUCCAUAUUUGAUUGAUGAACUAUUACACUGCUAUUUAGAAAGUGCCGACUGCAUAGCAUUUAGAGCUGUUUCUCCACCAAAUAAAAAUAAUGUUUCUCCAACACCUCCCUAUAGGUAUGUUGGUGUUGCGGGGUAUAUUAAUGAUGCAACAAUCUGGACAGCUAGAGUUUUAGCAUUUCUAACUGGAAGCAGUUCCAAUAGAACUGAAGAAGACUGUGAUUUCCUACCUUAUUCGUGGGUAGCAGGAUUUAAUGGUUUAGGUUUAUGUGUUCAAACACAUGCUAAUUACAGUGAGGCAGUAAGUCCUGCUUUUCUGGAUGAAGAUUAUGAUUGGUCUUCCGGAAAAUAUUCUACAUGGACUGAGUCAACAUGGCGUGACAUCACAGCCAGAAUGUUUUUACGACCAUCAGUGAUUCAUGAAACAUUUACUUUAGGAAUAGGUGUUUUUGUAUUAUUAGUUUCAUUUUUCAUAGUGUGGUUAGUUAACAGCCGGUCUGACAUUCUUUUCAAUGGACAAAUCACAGAACAUGGGUUGCCCACUCAAUGCUGAUAUUAAGUUUAAUUAAGAAUGUGAUAUAAUUUAAUCUUUUUUACCUUAGAUUUUCAUCAUUCACAAUCGCUUUCAUUUGCUUUACAUAUUAUGAUAAGCUUAAAA